AUGAAAUACAACCACACAUUUUUAGCGGUAAAAUUUAAAAAUGAUAUGAAGGAAUAUUUGCAUGAUGAUCGGAUAAUGGUAUCAUCGGUAAUAUCCACACAUGACGCUGACUUUUUCAACAGUUUGUAUGAUAAUAUUUGCUUAAUAGCUGAUAAAACCUGGGCAUUUGAUAAACAACAUCAUUAUCGUAAAUUAAAUCAACGCUUGUGGGUUCAGAAUUUCAAGUGGAUUGAAAAGUAUUACGAUAAAAGUUCACCACAUCGCGUACGUGACGUAAUUCCUGAUUCUUUGUUGGCACAAUAUGGUAACUAUGAGUAUAAUGAUGCCCGAGAGAGUCUGUAUAAAUCAAGCCAGGAAACAUCUAUAUUUCAUAGUGUAAAUUUACAUUCACCGGAUAAACCAACUGAGCCAUGGAUGCUUGAUGAAGUUGAAAAAUGCUUUGUCCAUUUAACGCUAAAAAGUUCAUUACACGGGUUAAAGGGUAUCAACUUCUUCGAUGAAAGCAUCAAGCUAACUACUGAUAAUGAUGAAUAUUACGACAAAUGUUGUCCAUUGCUUUACACAAUCGACAAUGCCGCUGAGCUAGAACUACAAAGACGUAUUGCUAAUGACAGUGUUAAAUGCCUGUGGAGGUCAAAAACGACGCCAGCAAAAACACCGUCUAAUCACGAACAACUAACACAAGGAUACGAUUGUUCACGCGUUAAUCAGCAACACCAGCUGCAUGAUAAUGAUCAUAAAAGGCUUACAAGUGAACGAAAAAACGACGAUGAGUCAUAUAGCAAAUGUUUUCAGUGUCCUUCUGGUGUUAAUAAAAAAAAAUUGCCUGAUUAUGAAGAAAAAGACUGCAAAAUAUUCCAGAAAUCGUUACCUUUGUUGAGCCCAGAAGUACCGGAGUUCUUUCCUAAAGAAAUGAUUGUAGGCCCUACACGUCUGGAUGUUCGCUAUGAGUCAUCAGUACCUCUACCUCUCCAUUAUAUUCCAUUAACGUCCUCGUCAGCCACAGAGAGAAAUUAUUAUCAUGAUAAGUUAUUUCCUGUUAUUAGCAGUAGACCACAGUUGCCAAACUUCAACGCGAUUUUUCAAAACCCGGGUAUUCCACUAGUUACACCGCCUAUAAUGACCCCGCUGAUCAGGUCACCUCACCACUGGAUUCCACGAAUAGCUCCUCCUUUACAAAUUCAAAUUCCCGUUUGUUGUUCAAUAGUUCCACAUCAGAAUAUUGCGUCAUUGCAAUCAAUUUGUCCUAUUAACCAUCACCGGCCGUCACCAAUUCAACUAAACGAUAAAAUAAUACAAUCAUCGCCGUCGACUAACAAUUUUAAUAAUCAAUCGGCGAUUCCUGUUUAUCAACAGCCUCCUGAGUUGUACCAUCAUGAUUACAAGCGUAAAUCACACGGCGUUGAUUUUAAUAAUUUGAUACUGCUCACGAAGAGUGCCAUGAAAGUAAGAAGAAACCAGUCGAAAAACCCACAGCAGAAUUCGAGUUUCAUUUUGGAAUCACGACAGUCGAAUUUGAAGUCUGAAGAUGAUGUUCUUCAAUGGCUGAACAAGGGUUAUCAAAAAAGAGCCAAAGAGUUCAUAAAUGUUAAUGCUAUUGAUACAGAUUUGAACGAAUUUGCUGGUAAGUUAAAUGGUGAUAAUGACAACUUUGAUAGCAGCGCUGAUUUGUUGGAACAUGAUGAUAAUGAUGAUGAAUCAGUGAUUAAUAAUGAAACCGAAAGUUCAAAAGUAUGA